CCUAUCUACCCGCUUGUUACUCCCAGAACGAGAACGUUUUGCGUCAGGUCUCUACCCCAUACCUGUUGAGCUACAACUUGUCCAAUGUAUCUGGUUCACUCAUGACGUAUGGACCCAAUGCUUCAGUCAUCGACGGCAAGUACUACCGUACUCUGGUAUUAAUCAAUGAUCAACUCUUCGUGGGGGGUAAAGCUCAACUGUUCUCCGUUGACACUGCCGACCUUACAAUGCUUGAUUAUGUUUCCAUUCCGACCACGGUGGCUCAGACUUGCGAUUAUUGUAAUAACUACAUCCGCGUGAUCCAUCCCCUGCUAAACAGCAGUGUGUUGCUGGAGUGUGGCACCAAUAGCAAGCAUCCCUAUUGCCAACAGAGGUCCAUUGGAAACCUUUCAGAUGUAGAAUCCCGGUUCUCCUUAAGUACCUCCGAGAGCAUUGUGCCUUUUACCCACAACCAGAAUUCUAGUGGUUGGUUUCUAACUGAAGACUUAGAUCUGUUUGUUGGUACCAAGCUGGAGUUGGUAGCUGGGUCGUUGGCCAGACCAGCUAUCGUCAAAUCGAUGCUGCAGAAUGACUCCUCCCAGAAUGUGGUUGGUAUUGAGGUGCAACUAAAGACCAAGAACGAUGCCAGUGUACUGUCCAAUAACGGUCCGCCGCAUCCAGAGUUUGUUGGGGAUCCCAUCAACUACAAUGGACAUGUCUACUUCUUUUUCCGCGAGAUUGCAACCGAGUUUGUCAACGAGAGAGUCGUGUAUUCGAGAGUCGCCGUAGUGUGUCAGAAUGAUACAGGGGGUCGUGCGUUCUCCAAUGUGUUAUUGGACACCAACCUCGCAACUUUCACGAAAACACGAUUGACGUGCUUCAUCCAGGGAGACGAACCCUAUCAUUACAACGAAAUACAGGACAUCUACCAAUCCCCCCAUGAUAUCAAUGUGAUCUUUGCUGUUUUCGCAACCAGAGCCCCAGGGUUGGCAAGUUCCGCAGUGUGCGCCUAUCGUAUGGAUGACAUUGAGUUACUGUUUAAGGAGAGUAAAUUCACGCAUCAGGAGUCCGAUGGAAUGCUUUGGACCUCAGUUAACAUGGACCCUACUGAUCCUAGGCUGGUCAUGUGUCCAGACACAUCCGGGUUUUCUGAUGUUGAAUUCGUGGCAAUAUUGGGAAAUGGUCAAAUACUGUACACUGCGGAUGCCAAUAAUCUUCACUACGAGAACCCCAUAACGAGCACUCCAAGCAACCCUCUGUUGGUGAUAGACGGGGAACGUUUCUCACAGAUCGUCGUUGACGAAAACGUCUUCAGUUCUACAGACGUAAUGUUCAUCGGAACGGAGAAUGGGACUGUGCUGAAGGCUUAUUUGAACGGAGACCGAUCCGAAGCAAGAGUCGUGGAGGAGAUAAGCCUGAAUACGAAUGACCAUGUUAAAACCCCAGUGUUGACCAUGCUGCUGAGUGACUCCGCUCAAGCCGUUUUUGUGGGCACCGACCACGGUAUUUACAAGAUCCCAUUCCAGCACUGCCAGGACUAUGCAACCUGCCAGAGCUGUUUGGAUGCUCGAGACCCUUAUUGCAGCUGGAAGAAUGAAGAAUGUGUACAUUCCGGAGACGGGUUGCAGGCUUUGGAAGACAACUGCGCCAGGAAAAUGUGCCCUGAUUUUAAUGCCGACAGCGAACUCAUGGUCAAAACCCGCCCAUCCAACCUCUUCCGAUCCCUGAACAUUACCAACCAGCCACUUAACAUGUACCUGGUGGCCCAGGCCGAUGUGAAGGAAAACCUUCUCGUGGUGGACGAUGAGAUCCGUUGCCCGCCGUGCGCCAGUCUGCCGUAUACCGAGCACAGAUCCAUCAGCUCCAGUCAAGAGUUUCUGAUGUUACUCAUCAAUGGAUCGUCCACGGAGAAUAUGAACUGUUCGUGUUCGAUUGUCCUAGCAACAGAAUGUGUGACAAAGACCAUCAACUUCACUAUCACUGCUGAUAACUCCCCCCGUCUAAACUUGGCUGCAGAGUACAUGGACGUAUUGUCGAAAUACGACAACGACAUCUCAAAGUAUGAACAGAAACUCAACAAGUGGAUCCAGAAAAAGUACUGCAUGCAGGACGAGCUUAAUUCUUGUGAAAGAUGUCUGUAAUUUCCAUGACAACAACGCAGUUUCCGUGGAGAUGUAUUAUGACGGUAGUACGGCAGAUAGGUGCAGGAUUUGUGCCUUUGAUGAUGUGGCAUUUGACGCACAGUCAGAGUAUGUAAGAUAUUUGGCUGUAGGGCCAUCGCAGAUUUGUCAGCAGACAAAAUAUUGGUUAGAUAACCAUUUCAAAAUGGUUGCCAUUGCAUGUUAUUUUACCUAUAGUUUGUCGCAGGACCAAUAUCUGCGGUGGCCCUAUAGCAGACCAAACCAAACGUUUGCCAUAUGAUAUGCUUGUACGGUUAAGCUUGUUAUGGUUAAGCAGAAACGAUUUAUAUGAAUUUAUCGUGCUUGGAAAAACUGCGGACAGACUAGCAAAAAUCAGGGUUUUUCACGGUACUUCGACUUGUCAUGCGGCGAGCAUAACCUUAAAAAAUAAUUUGCCUCGUUUUUGUGACAUCUUAGCAAAAAUUUGUGUUUCUUUUUCCCGCAAUACUGUGAUUUUAAAUCAAGGAUUGUAUUGCUCCGUAUUUACACAGAAUGUUAUUCAAUGUUAUUCACGCAGAAUUCGCUAUUAUUAAUUCAGAAUGUAUGGACGGUUUUUUUUUUUUUAUUUUGCUGCGAUAGGACAAAGAAGAUUAUAAUUAUGAGUCAAGCAUGCUGUCUCGAGUUUUGUGUGGAACGUCAUAAUCCAUCGCCUUUGCAAAGGACAAUAUGGGCCAAUCUGGGCACGCGUCAUUUCUAUCACGAAAGCCCCCAUUAAUGGCAGAAGCAGUGUGCUACCUUUCGUUCAGAUAAUCCGUCGCGGGGCAGUUUACACAUUGCUUUCGCCAUUGAAGGGGGCCCCAAGUGUGUAUUGUGGUCACGUGCCUGGAUUAGUCUACAGGGUGAUGAGUCAACAAAAAAAGUGAUAGAAUUUUUUAAUACGUGGCUUGCUCCAUUUCACAAAUAUACCAUUGGGAUAAUGUUAUUAGUAACUGAGAAUGUCAUUUAGUUUGCUUUCUCUAUUCGCAAGUUAUGUCUAUUUUAAUUUAAUAUCACAAAUUGCACCUGUCCACCACUGACCACUGUCCUACGAACUGAGAUUUUAAAGACAUGUACAGUGAAAUAGCGACGUUUCCCCAUGCAACUCCAUGAAUGAAUAAAGACUUGCAAAGGCAAACAGACAAAAAUCGCCAACAAUUUAACAGGAAAUACAGGGUUGGCUUGUUCCUCGAAAUAUUCAAAACCCACAAUCUGACAGUAAAUAUAUUGUUUCAGUCUUGACUCAAAUGAUUAAAAUCUGAUUUGUAUUUGAAUGCCCGUGUGUAAUCUGUAAUUCUCACUCAGUUCAAUAGCUUCCAAUGGUAUUCCAUAGAUAACUUAAAAAUAGAUUCUUUCAGUAAAACUUGCAUAAUAUCUGUUAGCAUGGAUCACUUUCAGUAAUUUUUUUUCAAAUGAGUGAAAAAAAUCAUUUAAAACAUGCUUAAUUGGUGCAUCAAAUUUGAUUGGUUUUAAGAAAAAAAUAUUAAUCCGGAUCAAUUUCUUCUUUUUUUUAACUCACCAUUCAUUGUAUGCACGAAAAGUCCAAAAAGUUUAACAGUGUGGUCUUCAAUUUGUAUUUAUAUUUUAGUUGAGUUGUACAAAGUCUAUAGUUGAGGUGUUUUUUUGUAAAUCAUAAUUGUUCCGUUUGCUGUGAUCGUAGGGCCUGCUUUCUUUGUUUAUUUUUCAGUGUGGUGUGAUAUCUGAACAAGAUGAAAUAAUGCACUAUUGGAUUGUGUUGCGCAUGUCUUAGCACACUGCACAAUGAAAGUGUACGCGUUCAAAAGUAAUAUGAUUAUAUGACUACAUUUUUACAGGUGUCCAGAUUUCUUAGAGCAAUGAUGACCAUCUUGACUUUGAUAUGUUUUAUUGUGUA